AACAGCGUGUGAGACAAACCACAGCUGCAUACCUGGCUUUUGUCACAGGGGAAAGAACCGCCACACUUUUCCAGCCCGACUGAAGGUCGAGUCGAGAUAUAAAAGAAGGAGAGAAGCCCUCGCUCCUUUGCAGAAACCUUGUGACGCACUGCAGACAUGCUUAGACUUCUGGUGUUGACAGGUCUCGCAGCCCUGGUGCUGGCUGAACUGGAGCCCCAGCCCAGGUACCUGGAGGACAUUACUGAAAGAGUCGUGGGAGGUGAGGUGGCCAAACCCAACUCCUGGCCCUGGCAGGUCUCUCUUCAGGUCAAAGAUGGCAGCAACUUCAACCACGUAUGCGGAGGAACCCUGAUCGAGAGAGGCUGGGUUAUGACUGCUGCUCACUGUGUGGACAGCAAUAUGACGUGGCGCGUCAUUCUCGGUGAACAUGACCUCUACAACGACAGUGGCAGAGAGCAGACCAUGACUGUCAGCGCCGUUUACAUCCAUCCCAAAUGGGACCUCAACAGUGUGGGUAAUGGGUUCGACAUUGCCCUGCUGCGUUUGUCUUCCGAGGCCACCCUGGACUCCUACGUCCAGCUGGGCUCUCUGCCUCAAAGAGGACAGAUUCUGCCCCACAACAACCUCUGCAUCAUCACCGGAUGGGGACACACUUCCACCGGUGGCAGCCUGUCCGACUGGCUGAAGCAGGCCUACCUUCCUCUGGUCGAUCACAAGACCUGCAACAGACCUGACUGGUGGAACAGCUUCGUCAAAACCACCAUGGUGUGUGCCGGUGGUCGUUACGAUGGCGGAUGCAUUGGUGACUCUGGCGGCCCUCUGAACUGCAUUGUUAAUGGAAAAUACUACGUCCACGGUAUUACCAGCUUUGUGUCUGAUAAGGGAUGCAACGCGCACAAACAGCCCACCAUCUUCACCCGUGUCUCCGCCUACAUCCGCUGGAUGAACUCUAUCAUGAUGUAAACAGACCAUGUUGCGGCACAUGAAGACAGAGCACGCACAUGCUUUCAUCUACUGUGCUUCCUUCUGUCUCAUUCAACAAAAAAUAAACUUAAUUAAACUUU